AUGUCGGUGGACUCCGGCACCGCGACCGCAAUCGCCCAGACGGAUGAUAUCUUCGAAUGGCAUUGCACUAUUCGUGGCACCCCCGGAACGGAGUUCGAAGGAGGGCUGUAUCACCUCCGUAUCCUCUUGCCCACCGAAUAUCCCUUCCGUCCUCCCUCCAUCAUGAUGCUCACGCCAAACGGCCGCUUCGAGCUCAAUACGAAGAUUUGCAUCAGUUUCACGAAUUAUCACGAAGAGCUUUGGCAGCCAGCCUGGGGAGUGCGCACCGCAAUCGUCGGUCUGCAAGGUUUCUUCCCCCUGAGGGGUACCGCUGCCGUCGGCGUGGGUGCCAUCGAGUACCCCACUACGGAACGGAAGCGACUCGCCGCACUUUCUCGUGACUGGGUCUGCCCUCACUGUAAGGUGUCCAACCACGAGCUCCUCCCCGACCCUCCAACGAACGAGGCAGACAAGCCCCCGCAGAUACCCGCGCAGCUGAAGAGUCGCACCCACCAGCUCCCACGCCGGAGCACGUCGUCGUCCACCGUCCAUCCCCGUCAUCGCCCCCAAGCCAACCCGUCCGAUUUCGCAGCCCUCGAUCGUAUCCCAAUCCUUCGACACGCCCCCGCGUACGCCAGACCUGCAGCACCCACUGCUGCAAUCCCGCCCCCUCAGCAGCCUAGUACCCGCGAUGGCACUCCGCAGCCCGCUCUCGUGGCUGCGGUCCGCCAGACACCUCGCCGUCCCCCGAUCCUGCUUGACACCGCGAUCUGCGUGCUCCUCGUCCUUAUGUUCGCGCUCAUCGCCCGGCGCUUCCUAUAA